ACGUGAGUAUAUUUCCCAAGAUUAGCCUGUGGGUGAUCUAUAGAACUUUCCUGUCGAUCAUAUCCCAAUCAUCGCAACGGACCCACGAUCCUCUCCUUCCAGCAGAAACUCACCAUGGAGUCUGCUGGUGCGUACACACACUCGGGGGGUGACUCCCCCACUCUGGAGCAUAGUACGAUGGGCUCGACAGCCGACGAACUGUCGGACUUGGAGGACUUGGGAUCCGAUAGCUACUAUUCGCCCUCAGUCUCGCCCCAGAGACCUGGAAUGUCGCGCGGCUCGUCCUACUCCUACCAGGAUGACUGGGAGACCCUCCCGGCGUUGGACCAGCUUUCGGUAUUCGACCUGCUGGACAAUCUCUCCUUGUCUGACCGACUGGAAAAGCUGCACCGGACUAUCAACGCACAGACGGAGAAAGUGAGGAAGCAGCGGGAGAAGCUGAAGUCGACCUCGGCCAACGCCAAGGACCGCGUCGUGGGGGAGUGGAAGAGACGGGUCCCCACGGCGGACGAACGAUUGGACAAGUACCGCCGUCGCAUGAGGCGUGGGGUUGAGCGAUUAGGGAAACAGUGGAAUGCGACUGCCACGGUGACCUUACGUGAGAAGAUCGCCUUCAUUGCUGGCGUGCUCAACAUUUUCAUCAGCGGCUAUCUCCUCGGAUCGUUUCCCCAGUACUUCUACAUCUGGUUCAGUGUGCAGUUGGUCUACUUUAUGCCCAUCCGGUAUUACGAGUACCACAAGAAGGGUUAUCAUUACUUCCUUGCCGACCUAUGCUACUUCGUCAACUUGCUCUGCAUAUUGACCAUCUGGGUGUUCCCGCGAUCCAAACCCCUUUUCAUCAGCACGUUUUGCCUGACCUUUGGAAACAACGCGGCUGCGAUUGCCAUGUGGCGGAAUUCCAUGGUGUUUCACAGCAUGGACAAGAUUGUCAGUCUGUUCAUCCACAUAAUGCCCCCCGUGUCUCUUCACUGCAUGGUUCACCUGACCCCGGCCGAGGUGCUCCAUAAGCGAUUCCCAGCGGUCUACGAAAUCAAGUUCAGUCAGCCGGGAUCGCCACACCACUACUCCCUGUUCGCCAUGAUGUGCUGGGCCACCGUGCCGUACAUUAUCUGGCAGGCGGCUUAUCAUUGUUUCAUCACUGUGCGCCGGGCAGAGAAGAUCGCCGCCGGGCGCCCCACCAGCUUUACGUGGCUCCGCAAAUCGUAUGCCAAGGCAUGGAUCGGGAAACUGGUCCUCAGCCUUCCCGAGGUGCUGCAGGUUCCCGCGUUCAUGCUGAUCCAGUAUCUAUAUGCUAUUCUGACCAUGAUCCCGUGUCCCAUCUGGUUCUGGUCGUCCACGGGCAGCGGGAUCUUUUUGUCAGUGCUCUUCGUUCUCAGUAUAUACAAUGGCGCCACUUUCUAUAUUGACGUCUUCGGCAAACGUUUCCAGAAGGAGUUGGAGGAGCUCAAGAAGGAUGUUGCACGCUGGCACUCGUCGCCUGAAGGCGCAACGGCUCCCGUCUCCGACAGUGGCGUGGCCUCCCCGACCAAGGGUUCAGACGAGAAAUCCCCCGCGAAUGAGGCCACUCCCGACAAGGCAAGUCUCGAUCGGAUCCCUCCACUUGAUGCCCAGGUCGUCUCCACCGGUGCGCAAGGAGCGGAUGCCGAGGGUGAUUCAACGGUUCGCGAGAGGAAGUAGGUUGGCCGUUAAAGCUGGUAUCCUUCGUACCACAGCGUCAAUCUGGUUUUCCGUUUUCUCUCCCUUCAUAUUUGUUUGCUUCUUCGACCAAUUCCUUUGCCUUG